CUAGAGCUUCAGAUCGCUCGACAAAACAGCUGCGCGGUUUGUCGCGCUUAUUUCUAUCAGUCGCUUUAUAAACUCUCUUUGUUCUCAAUAUGGCGUCUCCCGGAAGGUACGACAACGGGGAGGGUUCGUCAACUCCCAAGCUUGGGUCAUCUCCGAUAGCAACCUCCGCACACCGUUCACGGUCUCCAGCUCCCGACUCCGUAAGGCAUGCCUCAAUAGCCCGGCUAGCUUCUCCGGUGCCUUCGAUAUCCAACUCCGUUUCCUCGAGACAAAUACCGGUUCCGGUUUCAGUAGGCGAAUCACAGGAUCUCAGCAGAGUAGAUAACCUCUCGUCUCUCCCAGGUCCUGGGCAGUCCAUGAUCGCCUCUGCUCUUCAAGAUAGCCUCGGCCGAUCGCCUCCGAGAUUUGGGACCCCACCGAGACGUACCGAGUCCCCUGUUUCCAACCAGAACCCGCAAAUCAGGUCGAAUUAUGGCUCCUUUGAUCAAAAACCUUGGAGGGAAGGGUCGGAAUACUCUGCGGCCCCAUAUGAAGACCCGGAGAUCGUCAAAAGGCACUUGGUGCAGCCACUGGAAAGUCGAGACACUCAGUCUUCCGGAUACGGUACGGAUAACGCAGACGAUGAGUUCUCCAGCUUGCGACUUCAAGGCGGCGACAUCACCAGACAAGUGUACAGAUGGGCUGAGGAUGCGGAAGAAGGCGGAUCCGUCAGGAAGCCUCAGCGCAGCAGAAGCUUCCACUUGAAUAGGCCUACUCCCGAAGAAGAUACCAUGAAUAUUAACAGCAUUCGUGUGCCAGGCGGGUUUCGAAGAGACUACUUGCGCAGGGCUGUAGGGAGCCCGCGUCCGGGACAAUCUGAUGCAGGGGACGGAGCAUCCCCUGCUCCGCGCCAGCUUCCAACGAGUAGCUUUCUAGAAUUUCUGACGCUUUACGGCCACUUUGCGGGUGAGGAGUUGGAAGAAGACGACGAGGUACUUGGUCCCCACGAGUACUUUUCCUCGGACACCUGGGACGAAGCGGAAGAACGUGAGCCGGGUGAGGACUCUGCUCUUCUUCAUCCUGAAGCCCCCGGCAAGAGAAGACGCAAACCUCGUGGAGGAACAGGAACGAACACGAGAACCGGAGCGGCGCUUCUUCUCCUCAAAUCAUUCGUGGGCACUGGGGUUCUUUUCCUGCCAAGAGCGUUCCUCAACGGGGGUAUGCUGUUUAGCAGUCUAGUACUCCUCGCCGUCUCGCUACUAAGCUUUUACUGCUUCGUUCUUCUCGUGAACGCCCGGCUAAAGAUCGAGGGUUCUUUUGGUGACAUUGGAGGCGCGCUCUAUGGGAAGAACAUGCGCCGCAUUAUCCUUGGUUCGAUCGUUCUUAGCCAGUUGGGAUUUGUCUCUGCGUACAUUGUCUUCACGGCCGAAAAUCUUCAAGCAUUUGUCCUUGCUGUGAGCAAUUGCAAGUCUUUCAUCGACAUCAAAUUCAUGGUGUUGAUGCAACUGAUCAUUUUCCUGCCCCUCUCGCUGAUUCGCGACAUAAGCAAGCUUGGUUUCACUGCGCUCAUCGCUGAUCUGUUUAUCUUGCUUGGUCUGGUAUACCUCUUCUACUACGACUUCCUCACAAUAUCCACGCAGGGUGUGGCUGAAAUCGCUUCAUUCAAUCCGUCUACAUGGACACUAUUCAUCGGAACCGCUAUUUUCACUUACGAGGGCGUUGGCCUCAUUAUUCCAAUUCAGGAGUCAAUGAAGCACCCGAAGCAGUUCACAGGCGUGCUGGCUGGCGUAAUGGUUAUUAUCACGAUCAUUUUCCUGGCAGCAGGCGCUGUCAGCUAUGCCGCUUACGGACAUGCAACCAAAACCGUCAUUCUGCUCAACCUUCCUCAGGACGACAAGCUCGUGAAUGCUGUCCAGUUCCUCUACUCUCUAGCUAUACUUCUAAGCACUCCGCUUCAGCUCUUCCCUGCCAUUCGAAUCAUGGAGAACGAGCUCUUCACCCGUAGCGGAAAAUAUAACCCCGGCAUCAAGUGGAAGAAGAACGGCUUUCGGUUCUUCCUCGUUAUGAUCUGCGCGUUUGUUGCAUGGGGCGGUGCCGAUGAUCUUGACAAGUUCGUUUCUCUUGUCGGUAGCUUCGCCUGCGUUCCUCUCAUUUAUGUUUAUCCGCCCCUCCUUCAUCUCAAGGCCUGCGCGGAGACCAAGCGCCAGAAACUCGCAGACAUAGCGCUCACUGUCCUCGGAGUUGUCAGCUGCAUCUACACUACCGCUCUGACGCUCAAUAACUGGGUUAACGGCAAUAAUUCGAAAGCUCCGGGAUACUGUGACUCUUAA